AUGGCGACUGCGACGACUACACUUGCAACAGCCACGUCGACGACGUCGGCCACGGCGACAUGUGUGGACAUAGCUCCCGGCAAGGAUGGCUAUCUGCCUCCAGAAGCCUGCGACAACCUUCUCUUGUACCGGCCAUCCUAUGUCGCCGCCAUUAUCUUCAUCGCUCUCUUCGGCCUCACAACUGGAAUUCAUGUCGUACAAGGCUUUAUGUACAAAAUGAAAUUCACCUGGGUCGUGAUCAUGGGCGGUGCAUGGGAAAUCGCCGCCAUGGUGAUGGCCGCCUUGCUGGCCAAAAAACAAAACUCAGACGCCUACGCCACCAUGCACACCCUCCUCUUCCUCCUCGCUCCACUCUGGAUCAACGCCUUUUUCUACAUGACUCUCGGCCGGAUGGUAUGGUUCUUUGACGAACAGAAACGACUCGCCGGCCUCUCCGCCAAACGAUUCGGCAGUCUUUUCGUUUGGCUCGACAUUUUCUCUUUCCUGAUCCAGGCCACAGGCGCAGUCUUGGCCUCGCAGACCGGCGUGUCUAGCAAAUCCAUCGAGUUGGGACUGCAUAUCUACAUGGGCGGCAUCGGCGCCCAGGAGUUUUUCAUCCUCUGCUUCACCGUCAUGCUGAUCAUGCUGCAUCGUCGCUUGAUUAAGCAGGAACAACGCGGCAUCAAGCUCGAGCGGCUACACAACGGGAGUUUGCCGUGGCGAUGGCUGUUCUACGGAAUUUAUUUUGCCUUGAUCAUGAUUACCAUCCGCAUCAUCUUCCGGAUCUGCCAAUACUCGAGCGGCAACGGCCCCGACAACUCAUUGCUCACCGUGGAAGCAUACGAAUACGUGCUCGACGCGACCCCCAUGUUCCUCGCUCUCCUCAUACUCAACUUUACCCAUCCUGGCCGCAUCAUCUCCGGCCCCGACGCCAGCUGGCCGCGUCCGAGCCGCAAAGAGAAGAAAGAACUAAAACGCCAACGAAAAGCCGAAAAGGCCGCACGCAAAGCGGGCAUUUACUAUCCCGGCACAGGUUCCAAUUCCGACGAGGAUUUGGCGCAUAACAGGAAUUCUGCAAUGGCAGAGGAAACUCCCUUGAAUUCGUUGAGAUACCAGGAAGAAGGUGGCCAGCAUCUUUACCCUGCUCCUGCUUCUCCUCCUGCUGCGGCUCUUGAUCAUGGCCAUUAUGAUAAUAUCCCGCCUGUGACGGCGCAUUACCCGGUCCAUGAGCAUGAUUAUCAACCUCCUUCGUCGCGCUGGGAUGGAUAUUCUUCGUAUGACCACGCCAGAUCGUGA